UCUUGCUUAAGUAAACAUGGUCCAUAUAUAAUAUAUAUACAAACUACUUCCAUGAACACAAACAAGGAAACCGAAAAAACAGAAAGAAAGAAACGUUAUAACCAUGAUGCUUCAAAAAUCAUAUUUUCUAUUACUAAUUCUGAUGCUUGUACAAUCAGCUUCAUGUACGGCCUCAGUUUCAAUCCUCAACAAAUUUAUCCGAUGUGUCACACUUCAUUCCGAUCGUUCAAUUCAAAUUUCUUCAGCAAUUUUCACUCCAAACAAUUCUUCUUCAUUCACUACUGUUUUGCAAUCUUCAGCACAGAACCUCAGGUACUUGGUUCCUUCGGUGCCUAAGCCAGAGUUUAUAUUCCAACCCCUUCGUGAUUCCCAUGUCCAAGCUUCUGUCAUUUGUUCAAAACAGCUUGGAUUACAUCUUAGAGUCCGAAGUGGAGGCCAUGACUAUGAGGGCCUCUCUUAUGUAUCCGAAAUCGAAACGCCUUUCAUCGUCGUCGACCUCGCCAAACUCCGGUCCAUCAAGGUCGACAUAGAUGAUAACAGUGCAUGGGUACAAGCCGGCGCCACCGUCGGCGAGGUUUACUAUAGAAUUUCUGAGAAAAGCGAAAUCCAUGGCUUCCCUGCUGGACUUUGCUCCAGUUUAGGCAUUGGUGGGCAUAUAACUGGAGGUGCUUAUGGAUCGAUGAUGAGAAAAUAUGGCCUCGGUGCUGAUAACGUCGUUGACGCUCGAAUCGUCGAUGCCACUGGGAGAAUUCUCGACCGAAAAGCCAUGGGAGAAGAUCUUUUCUGGGCAAUCAGAGGAGGUGGAGGAGCAAGCUUUGGGAUAAUCCUAUGGUGGAAGAUAAAUCUUGUACCCGUUCCGGAAACUGUUACGGUUUUUACUGUUACAAAGACAUUGGAACAAGGAGCUACAAAGCUCCUCCAUAGAUGGCAACAGGUUGUAGAUAAGCUUGAUGAAGACCUAUUCAUCAGGGUCAUCAUUCAACCAACCAGUAUUGCAAAUUCCACCAAGAGAAGUGUAGCAACCUCUUACAAUGCCCUCUUUCUUGGAGAUGCAGAUGACCUGCUAGAUGUUAUGCAGCAGAGCUUUCCCGAAUUGGGUUUGACGAGAAACGAUUGCAUCGAAACGAGCUGGAUUGGUUCUGUGCUUUACAUAGCAGGCUACCCAAAUGGGACUAAGCCAGAAGUUCUUCUCCAGGGAAAAUCCACAUUCAAGAGCUAUUUCAAAGCCAAAUCGGAUUUUGUUAAAGUACCUAUACCCGAAAAAGCUCUUAAUGGGCUGUGGAAUUGGCUAGUAGCCGAAGAUAGUCCGCUGAGUAUUUGGACACCAUAUGGAGGUAUGAUGAGCAAGAUUUCAGAGACAGAAAUUCCAUUUCCUCAUAGAAAGGGAACGAUCUUCAUGAUCCAGUACUUGUCUACAUGGGGUAGUGAUGGAGUAAAAAAUACGGCAAAGCAUAUAGACUGGAUCAGGAAUCUUUACAACUACAUGACUCCGUAUGUGUCAAAGUUCCCAAGAGAAACGUACGUGAACUAUAGAGAUCUUGAUCUGGGAAUUAACAAGAUGAGCGACAAAGACUUUUUAACGGCAAGAGUUUGGGGUUAUAAGUAUUUCAAGUGGAAUUUCUACAGAUUGCAAUUGGUGAAGACCAAAGUUGAUCCUGAUAAUUUCUUCAGGCAUGAACAAAGCAUCCCACCUCUUCCAAUCAAAUUUAGAGCGAUCAAAGGCUAGGGGGCCACAGCAACAGGUCAUGUUUUUUUGUGAAUUAUUUUGUUUUUGUUUUUUAUUUUCGUUUUUUGUUUUUUGUUUUUAAAAUUUUUUUAUAUACCGUCUCAUAAAAAUAAAAUUGUAUUUGUGGGCGGGUUACAAACAUGAAAGGUUGUGAAUGAUGAUAUUGAGCACGUCGUUUGUUUUCUUCCAUUUGGCCUGUUUGACAAGCACAUGUACCAGAUAAUAUUUCAGUGGAAUGGCCCAAAGAGGAAGAUAAGAUACUACUACUUAUCUAUUUAUUAUGCUUUAUAUUGAAGAUGGGGGUUCCAACUUCGGACUUUUACCAAAGAAAUUUGUUUCUUUGCCACUAGGCUGUCUUCAUAAUGAAGCAAGAUCCUACUUGGGCCAGAGAAAAUAAAAUAUUUAAUAUGUAAUUGUUACAAUAUGCUUUUUGCAUCUGUAUCUCUUUUCCUACACAUACGUUAUCUGAAAAAGUCAGAUUAUCCUCCACCAUGGACAUGCGUCACUGUAAAGACCAGAAGUGACAUAUUGGUCAUUUAGCAAUAAUUGGUGGCUAAGGCUAUGUUCUCUUUCCUUUGACAUGGGGGUCAAUAAUAAGAAACAAUGGCUUAGACGUUUGAAAAAAAAGAAAAAAGAAAAAAGAAAAAAAAAAGCCCAAU